AUGAGGGUAAAGGCAUUUUUUGCGGCAACCUCGUUGCUUCCUGUAGCGCUAGGAUGGACGAACAGGUGGGAUCACUCUAAGCGCUUUCAAAACGCUGGUCAUGCGCAGCUCGAUUGUGAUGGCGAGAAACAGCUUGCUUCGUGCUGCUUAUGCAAGUCGAUCGUGUUCGAAAUCGAAACACAGCUGAACCAUACACAGAAUGACUACGAGAUGGACGUGGUUUUUCGAAUUAGUGAAGAAAAGAAACAAAUCAAGUACUCGCGGAGUGAGGCGCGCAUACUGGAAGUACUGGAUGACGUGUGCGAGAGUGUUCCCCUAAAGAUUCCAGAUUCUGACCGCAAAACCGAGCGAAUGCUGAGCGCCGCGUGCAGCGAAUUUGUGGGUGUAUAUGAAGAUGAAUUGACGCGUGCUUUUUUCGACGACUUCACACCUGCUAAGGAGCGAAUGUGCAGUGUCACGUUACAAGUCUGUCCUCAAGCAGACAAAUCUGUGGAACACGAAGAUCUUUAG